CUUACUCGGAGUUAGUUGUGAUUGUGAACUUUUUAGUUGUUAACAAUUGUGAUUUGACAAUUGAGAAAUUUGACAGGAAUCAAAAUCCUGAAUUUUUCUGAAUCUUCUGUUUAUUGUUAAUUAUUGUUUCGUACAUUUUUAUUUUUAUUUAUUGUUGUUCGACAUUAACGAUUCACGAUGUUUUCUUUCGAUGCCAAUUAUUCAAAACUCAAGACUAACUUGAGACUGGCGUUAAAUCGUCUAAAAUUAUUGGAAAAAAAGAAAACUGAACUAGCCCAAAAAGCGCGUAAAGAAAUUGCAGAUAUGGUUGCAGCAGGGAAGAGCGAACGUGCUAAAAUUAGAGUUGAACACAUCAUACGCGAAGACUACUUUGUUGAAGCACUUGAAAUUGUCGAGAUGUUUUGCGAUGCACUGUUAUCUAGAUUUGGUCUCUUACAACAAUCAAAGAUUUUAGAUUCUUCCCUUGCAGAAUCAGUUUCCAGUUUAUUAUGGGUGGCUCCUCAUAUUCAAGCUGAUGUCAGUGAAAUGAAAGUGAUAUCUGAUCAAUUAACACAAAAAUUUGGUAAAAAAUAUACUGAGGCAUGCAGAUCAGAAAACAUGGACACUGUAUCUGAAAAACUUAAGCAUAAGUUGAGUUUAAGACCACCGCCAAAGAUACUAGUGGAGAAAUAUUUAAUUGAAAUCUCCAAAAAUUAUAAUGUACCUUAUGAACCUGAUUUACAAGUCAUGCAAGAAUAUGAACAAUCUCAUAGUAUAGAUUCAAUACUUUUUGAUGGCAAAAAUUCAAUUAAUGAAAAUGUCACACGGCCUACAGGGUUUAUUGGUUUUCCAUCACAGCCUAUGGCUCCGAUUCAGGCCCCACCUAUUAAUUAUCCAAAUAUGCAAACUAUGACUUCAAUGUUAGAUUCAGUUCCAUUGGAUUUUGAAAUGCCAUCAUCAUUACCUACAGUAAUUGCACCUUCUAUUCCUGCACCCAAAGUGCAGCCGAUUCCAAAACCACCAGCAGCUAAUGUAGUUAAACCUGUUCCAAAAAACCCAAUUUUUCCCAAUAAGAACUUAGGUUUUUCGAACUUACCUGACCUCCCUAGUGUACCUACAGAUAUACCACAUGGUGAUAUUAAAGAUAAGGAUGAUGACGAAGAAACUGAUUUUGAUGAAUUAUUAAAUCGAUUUGAGGAUUUAAAAAAGAACAAAAAAUAAGUAUUUUAUAUUUUUAUUAUAUUUCAUUUAUUAUUAUUAAAAUGUUAUUGUU